UUUUCCCGCGUCUACGCUUUCUAGAUCUACACUUUCAACAAUUGCUGGAAAAUAGGAAAUUUAUUUAGUCUGUUAUAUAUAUGUGAACAUUUACAUAGACAACGUGUAUUUCAGUUGCAUACAUUUAGGCAGAUUUUGGUUAAUAUUUGCUGUACUAGCCCAUCUUUUACCUGUAGUCAGACGCGGACAUUGGCUUAGGUUCCAAAUUGUUUUCGUUUUUAUCUGUAAAACUGUGACAUUUUGCUUGAAAGUAUGAGUUUCAAUAGUUCAAAUAUUAGUAAUAUAAGUUUGGAAACGGAAUUGGCCGAGAAUUUGCCCCGGGAUGAGCGCUUGGCUCGAGUUGAAAUAGCCCUUUUAAGCAUAAUAUUUUUCAGUGCAGCAAUCUUAAACUUUGGACUGCUAUGUGUGCUGUGGAAGCGGAGGAAGCAGCUCUCGAGGAUGCGCGUCUUUGUUUUUCACCUUUGCCUGGCAGACCUGGUGGUCACAUUUUUCCAAGUUUGUCCGCAGCUGAUGUGGGAUAUAACGGACAGAUUCUUCGGUCCUGACAUUUUGUGCCGCCUGGUGAAAUACCUGCAGGUCGUUGGCAUGUUUGCCUCCACUUACAUGAUUGUAGUGAUGACCAUUGAUCGCUACCAAGCAAUCUGUAACCCCAUGGUUACUUUCCAGAGGCGGCGAGCGCGCUGGAACGUGCCUGUGUGCGUUGCGUGGUCUGUAUCCCUCAUCUGCAGUCUCCCUCAAGUGUUCAUCUUCUCCCGAGUUCAAAUCGCGCCUGGUGUCUAUGACUGCUGGGCUGACUUCAUCAAACCGUGGGGACUAAAAGCUUACGUGACCUGGACAACUCUGGUGAUAUUUGUCUUGCCCAUCAUAACUGUUAUCAUGUGCCAGGUGCGUAUUUGCCGAGCUGUUCAAAUCAACUUUCACAUGAAAACUCAUCAAGUAUCGAAAUGUAUCGGCAAACCGCUGCCCUCCAGGGCAAGUAGCGUUGCUGGGUUGUCCAAAGCCAGGAUUAAGACCGUGAAGAUGACUUUGGUCAUUGUUCUUGCCUACAUUAUCUGUUGGACUCCUUUCUUCACUGUCCAGCUGUGGUCUGUCUGGGAUGUCCAAGCACCCACUGAGACUGCAACUUUCACCAUCCUGAUGCUCCUGGCGAGUCUGAACAGCUGUGCAAACCCCUGCAUCUACCUGCUAUUCAGUGGGAAGCACCCCAAGAUACGUAUGGCUUUGGUGUGUGUUAGCCAGUCAGACAUGAAUGACUCCAUACAAGAGGAUGCCACUGUGGUUAGCUCGCUGUACAGUUUCAAGAGCCUUUCCAACUCCAGAUGAAACAAGUUGACCAGAGCUCAGUCUGGCUGAUAGAGCUUGGUGUAUAUAGAUAUAAAGAGCAUAUAUGAAAUAUUCCGGUCACUCUAAGCAUAGCCGCAGGAAAUAGGGGGGCUGAGGGUGCUGCUGCACCCCCAGAAAAAUCAGAAUACAAUUUUUAUUUUUUAUUUUUAAAGUAGUGCACUGGGCCUUUUACUUGUCCUGUAUUAGACGACCAAUAUAGCCAGCCGUCUGUAGUGCAAGUAUUAAAUAUAUAUAUAUAUACACUACCGGUCAAAUGUUUUGAAAACCUUGAAUGAGUAGGUGUUCUAAAACUUUUGACCGAUAGUGUAUAUAUGUAUUAUGUUUAGCUAAUACAGGCAUUUACUAGUCCUGUAUUAGGGGACCGAUAUAGGCAUCUAUAGCACAGGCAAAAUAAAAAUCGCAGCACCCCCAAACAUCUUCCCGCGGCUAUGAGUCUUAGAUCAUCUAGCUACAUCUUAGAAAAAAAAAUGUAAUUAUUUCUGUAGAUGACACACUGCAAAAUGUUACAGCACAUCUAUGUUUAUACGUUUUUCUGUCACUGAAAAUGAAUAUAGACAGGGAGCUGUGUACAAAGAUGUAAAUACUGACAGUGUUAUAAAGAAACCUCAUUGCAUAUGUUUGAACACAGAUAGUCAUUGUGCCCAGUGACACAAGCCUACCAGACGAGCUAAACCACUUCUAUGCUCGCUUCGAGGCAAGCA